CGCUUGCCACAGCCCACAGCCGCUCUUUAUUUAUAAUUCGCGAGUUUUUUUUUAAUCCAAAAGAACAAAUUUUAUUUAAUAAUUGGUACUGUUUGUACUUAUUUUUAGGUGUCUUCGGAAUAUGGGAUUAGAAAACAUGCGUCGUUGGCCAAUGUAUAUUGUGUUUGCCGUGUGUUUCUUACUUACCCUUUCACUAUUUAAUAGUUGGAGUAUGGAGACUGAAUUACAAAAAAAAGUAAGUGAACUUAGUAUUCAAUUACAAGAGUGCUCAAAACAGCAAACAACUUGCAUGGAAGAGUCCCUGCGUCAUUCACAACAAAAGGAUAGUUUUAAUACAAAAAUAAAUCUAUUGGAGAAUCAGAAAGUUCAAUUAGCGAACGACUUAACGGAUUACAAGGAUAAACUUUCCAAAUCGGACGCAAAAGUUAACCGAACUUUGGUUGACGUCGAAUUAUGUAAAACGGAACUGCAAUCAUUACAGAAUUUACAAGUGAGUAAAUCAGCUACUUUGGAUACUUUGCGACUGGAAAAGGAAACAUUGACAAGUCAGUUAGAAGAACGCAAACAGAAAAUUGAUGAGCUAGAAAAGGAAAUUUUGAGGUUAAAAUCAUCUAUGACUACAAAAAGUGCACCCAAUCCUCCUGCACCCUCAAAGGUAACCCCGGCAGCUCAACCACCUAAACUAAGUUCUUCGCUCAAUGCCUUAAACCCAGUCAAUGAACCUGUUAUUGAGGAUAAUGCCAGGGAAGAAAUUGAAGAUGCUAAUGUAUUCAAUGAUGGUAAUGAUAUCGAUCCGCAGUUGUAACAACCUGCCGAUUACCUAAUAACCAAGGCCUCAUGGUUAUGAUAAAAAUGUAUUUUUAUUACUUUGAGGUUUUUUGUUAAAAUAUUUUUACAAUUGUUACAAGUAUUGUCAAGAUUGUUAAAAAUUAGUGAUUCUCGAACCCAAUAAGCAAUUUGUAAGUAUAAAUACAUUGUAAUGUUAAUUUAACAUGUUGAUGAAAGGAGAUAAUAUUUUAAAAACAAAUACUUUUUUCAUAGAAUUUACCUUUCUAUCAAAAAUUAUGUCAAUUACUCAUAUAGGUUUAAUGCAAUAAUGCUCCAAAUUAGUCAACAAAUUCUUUAGUAAAAUAAAUACUUGCAUUGUUCUUCGUUAUAAUUUUAUAACUCCAUCUCCAUCAACAUGUUAAACUGUAUCAACAUAUGGUGCUCAUGAUCAUAAUAUAAAAAUAAAAACUUAAAUUCUCUAGAUUCUAAAAAUUUGACUUUGAUACAUUUUUUGGCGAUGUCCGAUCCUAUGAAAGCUAUUGUUGCAAUAUUAUUAUUAAUUUAAAAAUAUGUUUUGCUUGAGAAACAUGUUUUCUUCCAUUAUGUGUAUAAUCAAUGUAUUUUUUAUUAGUAAUAUAAGUACUGCAUGAUAUUUUCUUUAGUACAUAGCAAUUUAUAGAAAUUAAUGGAUACUUACUGUAAAAAUUCAUAUUGGGUAUUAUGAAUAGGUAUAUUAUCUGAUGUAUUUUAUUGUUGCUAGAUAGAUUUUUGACCUACACCACAUUAGAAUCUCUCAUUUGGUGUUAGAAACUAUAUUCGACUAUUAUAUGGUGAAUUUCGACAUUAUUUGUGUAAAAUAAACAUCAUAAUACAUCUUUAAAUACAAUAAACAUUUUAUUUGAAUUGUAAUAAUAUGUGUUAAAAAAGCAAUUCAGAAUCUAUCUAGGCAGUAAAAUAAUCAACAUAAGAAUUAUAUUCUCAGUAGCCUUGGAAAUAAAAGUAUUAUGUAUUUUAAUUUUCGUAAUUGUAUAUCUAUGAGGCUUUCAAUGUUUCCUUUUACUAAAACAUUUAUUACUUCAUUCUUCUGCAUUUUAUAUGACGAAUUUGAACCCUAAAUUUAUAUGGGUGUUAGGAUUAGUUGCUAGUAUUGUAUAUUCUACAAUUAUAUCACAAUUGUUACAAUAUCAUAAAACCAGCUAGUCACGUACCUGCAGCAGGAGCAAUCUUGGAAUUGGUCACUUAUUUGGCUUCUUAAUUGUGAUGUGUAUCAGCAUGCAGGGGCAAUUUAGAAAACAACUGAAAUUGUUCUGACCGCCAACCAACUGAGAUUGUUCCAAUAUUGCCCCUGCUGCAUUAAGGUGAAUAGCCGGUUUAAAUUUAUUAGUUGAUUAUCGGCUCUAUGAUACCAGUUUCAAUUUGUCACAAUUUAAUAUACAAUAUCAGGUAUAUGUAUUUUUCUGUGGACUUAUACAUAUUGUCUUAUGCUGUAUACAAACUAAGUCCCAUUACUAUGUAUUUUUAUAAUUUAUGGUUUUGAGAUCAUAAUAUAAUUAUUUUAGCGUGAUUUCAAUAAAAAAAUAUAUUUAGUGUGUAGUAAUGGGACAAACAAAUUAAUAGCAUUAAGUAAUUUUGCUCACACUUGCAAGUAAGAUUUUACUGCAAACUUUGGUCCUUUAGUAGUUAUUUAUGUUAUGAUCGGUAUGUAUGCAGCAUAUAUCAAUUACUUUACUGAUUGUAUGAGUAUUUUUUUAUAUUUAAAAUUAUUUGCCAUAUUGGUGCCAGAAAUAAAGAUCUGUCAAUA